CGACCGCGGAUGCUAAUGGGGAGAAGAGUAAAGCUGGGUCUCGCGCGCUGGUGACUGCGAGUCAAAAGCGGUACUAACCGUGCGGAACCUUCUUGCUGGAUGAAAUCAGCGACAUUGUGCGCCGUCGACUCUCGAUGCGCGCCCCAUCAGAAUUUUUCGUUCUGUGCUUGCUCCUUAUGCGCGCCACAAUGCAUGCGCAGGUGUCCGAGUUGCCCGAACCUGGUCCUUAUCGACUGCGUCUAUACCUCAAGGACUAUGUGCUUAGCGCUAGCGGUACUGCGCUUGCUUUGGUGUAUGCAGUGAUGACUUGUCCUGCCCAUGCCCGGUCCGAAUACCACACCCAAAUUGCCCGGAGGGCGAUCUAGUAUGAGAACGAUUCCUUCCUAGCUUCCCGAGCGUGAUGACAGCUCCCUAAUAUGGGUGCAUCGCUGCUCAAACAGGACCGACGCCGUUCAAAACAGGACCGACGGCACGGGAUGCUUCGACUGAGCCGGCACGAGAUACGUCCCUCAGAAGCAGCAUGAUGCAUCCCCGAGGAGCAUCGCCCCAAACGCAGCACGCGGUACGUCUUCCGGAGCUGGAUGCGGCGCAUCGACCGGGACACACCGUUGUGCAUAAGCCGGCGCAUAGCACGCGCUACGUGUCGGUGAAACCCUCGCGUUCAGAGUGCG